AUGGCAUCAUAUGUGGUUGCAUAUCUUAUUGCUCAGGGAAAAAAGCCUCACACAAUAGUGGAAGUGCUUAUCAUACCUGCUGCACUGGCAAUGUGUAGAGAUAUUCCUGGAGAAAAGAUGGCUCACGAACUUGAAUCCAUACCCAUGUCAAACAAUACGGUUGGUAGGCGAAUUCAUAAGAUUCCAAGUGACAUACUGAUUCAGUUGAUGGAGAGAGUUAAGAAUGUAAAUUGUGCUUUACAAUUAGAUGAAUCAACCGACAUUUCUAGUUCUUCUCAAUUACUUGCAUUUGUAAGAUAUAGCUUCAAUGGAAAAUUGAAUGAAGAUAUGCUGUUUUGCCUUGCGCUAGAAGGAAAGUGUACAGGAGAUGAUAUUUUCAUGGCAUUAGAUCAAAAACUUCAUGAGCUUGGACUUUCUUGGGAUCGGUAUGUAGGUAUAUGCACAGGUGAAGCCGGGACAAUGUUAGGUAAAAAUAAAGGACUAAAAGCAAAGGUACAUAAUGUGGCUCCUCAUAUACGUUUUACUCACUGUAUUAUUCAUCGAGAGGCUCUCGCUUGCAAAGCCAUUGUUCCCGAACUUAAAGCUGUUUUUGAUACAGCUGUCAAAAUCGUCAACUACAUAAAAUCACGCCCUUUGAAUGCCAGGUUAUUUGCAAAGACAUGGGCGCAGACCAUGAAGCAUUGUUGCUUCACACAGAAAUCAGAUGGCUCUCUAGAGGAAAAGUAUUCACACGGCUGUAUCAGCUGA